AUGGACACUGUUUCAAAGUUCUGGCUCGACGAUCAAGAAUGGUCAUGUCAUGUCUUAGUCGAGACAACGGCCAAUCAGAUGGCUCAUGCAUCGAUAUGUCACCGCCAAGCCUCAACUUGCCAUGCUCCUCACGUUCGUCGACUUUGGACACCGUCGUCGAAUCCUCUACGUCUCUAUAAUCAAUCAAUCUCGGCCUUCCUGGGACAGAGUUUAGAAUCUAAUACACACAACAACGCUCUUACCAUGCUGUCACCGGAUGCAGCUGCAACUUCGCCAGCUUCUACUACAUCGGACCUCUCGUCCGACUGUCUGGCUCCUCGACGAAAGACUCGAGUGUCGGCUGAACACACAUUGAACAGAGUGCGCGAGAACCAGAGGCGACAUCGCGCAAGACGACGAGAUCAUAUCGCGACAUUGGAGCAGAAGCUCGCAGAGACGGAAAAAUUGCUCGCAGACGCCAGGGCGGAAAUCGUCGCACUAAAAGCCGAACGAGACGCUGCGAAUGUGGUGUCUGUGUCUCAAGACCAUCAACCAAAACCAAGACAGGAAUCAACAGCCAGCGACGCAGAACCAGCACCAAUCUUGGAGCCGCGGGGUUUCGCAGGUUCAAAUAGUCCAGCCAAGCCAGGAUCCAUGGCCCAACUCAGCAUCGACCCACAACUUGACUACCUUGAUGUCCCCAACCAUGAUCUCUCCUUCCUAAGCGACGCAAUCACCUCCUCCCUCGUCGGCGCCCCCAACCUCACUCCACCCUCUCCGCCAUUGCAGUCUGGCAUACCCAAUAGCGGUCCCCCACCAUGUUGCUCAGAGCCGCCGAGUUCACCCACACUGGAGGAACCUGUCGAUCCUCAAUGUUCAACCUGCAAGACGAGACCUGCGCCCGCCCCCUCGGAGAGCACAACGCUUUGCGCACAGGCCUAUGUCAUGAUUUCCCAGCAGAAUUUUCGCAACCUCGAUCCCGAGACCAUUAGGCUGUGGUUGGCCCAAGGGCUCAGGAGGGCGCAGAGAGAGGGCGAGGGCUGUAGGGUGGAAAAUGGGGCGUUGUUGAGGUUGUUGGAUUAUAUCAGUGGGCUGUAA